AUUUGUUAUCUAGGAUAGACUUGGAUGAACUAAUGAAAAAAGAUGAACCACCUCUCGAUUUUCCUGAUACCCUGGAAGGAUUUGAAUAUGCUUUUAAUGAAAAGGGGCAAUUAAGACACAUAAAAACUGGGGAGCCGUUUGUUUUUAACUAUCGGGAAGACUUACACAGAUGGAACCAGAAAAGAUACGAGGCUCUGGGAGAGAUCAUCACGAAGUAUGUAUAUGAGCUCCUGGAGAAGGAAUGUAAUUUGAAAAAAAUCUCUAUCCCAGUAGAUGCCACUGAGAGUGAACCAAAGAGUUUUAUCUUUAUGAGUGAGGAUGCUUUGACAAAUCCACAGAAACUGAUGGUUUUAAUUCAUGGUAGUGGUGUUGUCAGGGCAGGUCAGUGGGCUAGAAGGCUUAUUAUAAAUGAAGAUCUGGACAGUGGCACACAGAUACCUUUUAUUAAGAGAGCUGUGGAUGAAGGAUAUGGAGUAAUAGUACUGAAUCCCAAUGAAAACUAUAUUGAAGUAGAAAAGCCAAAGAUACAUGUACAGUCGUCUUCUGAUAGUUCAGAUGAACCAGCAGAAAAGCGGGAAAGAAAAGAUAAAGUGUCUAAAGACACAAAGAAGCGACGCGAUUUCUAUGAAAAGUAUCGUAACCCCCAAAGAGAAAAAGAAAUGAUGCAAUUGUUUAUCAGAGAAAAUGGUUCUCCUGAAGAACACGCACUCUAUGUUUGGGACCAUUUCAUAGCCCAGUCUGCAGCUGAGAAUGUAUUUUUUGUUGCUCACAGCUAUGGAGGACUUGCUUUUGUUGAACUGAUGAUUCAACGGGAAGCAGAUGUGAAAAGUAAGGUAACUGCUGUGGCCUUGACAGACUCCGUUCACAACGUGUGGCAUCAAGAAGCUGGCAAAACGAUUCGAGAAUGGAUGAGAGAGAACUGUUGCAAUUGGGUUUCUAGCUCAGAACCAUUAGACACGUCGGUGGAAUCCAUGCUACCCGACUGUCCCCGAGUCUCAGCAGGCACCGACCGUCACGAGCUCACUUCCUGGAAGAGCUUCCCGUCUAUUUUCAAAUUCUUUACCGAAGCCUCUGAGGCAAAGACCAGCUCCCUCAAGCCGGCUCUGACGCGGCGCUCCCACCGAAUAAAGCACGACGAGCUGUAAGAGGAGCGCGAGCCGGGGAGGGGCGGCCAGGACCCGCGCGAGCCGGAGCCGCCCGCCUGCGAACCGCUCGGCUCCCAGCCCCUCAUUAGAUUGUUUUCCUCCUAGAGCACAGGGUCGUGAUAUAUACAUCUAAAUAGCGUUUUGCAUUAUUUCUAGAUGAGUGCAACUGUCAAAGCAAUAUGGGUUCACUGGCCGUGCUUCCUGCGGGCUGAGCCCGGCUUCGCGCUGCCCGUCAGCGCGCAGAUUAAGGCUGACAGCGCCCUGCCCCGCGCGGCCGGCGCGGCUCUAAUUGCCCUGACGGAGCCCGCGCCCGCUGCGGACGAGCGGCGUCUGCGCGGUCCUACCUCCCGCCGCCGCUACCGCCCGCCGCAGCCCUGCGCCGCCGCUCCCCUCCUCCCGCGGGUCCGUUUCUCCCCUCCGUGCAGGAGCGAUUUUUAUUCUCGACUUCAAACUUCUUUUUAAGUAGGAUUUUUCCCGAGAGCGCCUUUUGCCUCCCUCUGUCUUUCUCUUUCUUUUUUUAGGAAGUCCCCUCCCCACCAUUCCCCCACCCCACGCCAAAAACAAAAAAAAAUGUAAAUUCAGAACAUGAAUGCCAUGGUGUGCUGUGUAGUUUUGGGAGUGCAAAUUGUUCCCUCUAUAACAAUCUAUUUUCAUUCCAAGACCAGAGAAAAACUUCACCCAAAAAAUCUGUAAAGUACUGAAUCUGCAUUACUGCUGAAAAUCCUUGUCUGUUGAAUGUGAGAUUUUACACAAAUCUUUCAUUUCAGAAGAGACUUUUUAAACCAAAAGAAGAGGAACAGAUCUUUUAAGCAUAGGUGUGAAAGGUCUCAUUUUCAAUGGAAUUGCCAACUUGUUCAGUAGAAUUGACCUUACUUUUUAAACUAUGUAGUGUGUGUUGAGUGACAUCUUCAUAAGGUAACAAACUUUUGUUUUUUAAAUCUUACCGUAGGGAAGCCUCUUGUUAGCUUUCCUGGAGCUAGGCCCUUUUAGGGAUAGUAAUUUUUUUAUUGUCCUCAGGAAAAUGAACCUGUGUACACCAACCUUUUCCCUCUGAAAGGCUAAAUGGAGCUAAAAUUAAUCUUUUAGUUUUGUGUUCCAAUGGGAAGAGAGAGACUUGGUAUGAAAGAUUUUCUUCUCUCAGUCCAAUGGUGUAACUCACUUCUGUAAGGUUUUGCCCUACAGUUUCAACAAUUACAUGUUUUAAUCCAGCUAAGAUCUGGCCAACACUGUGAAAUACAAGAGAGAAGGUUUUGCUGACUUUUGAAUUAAAAUAUUAAAUUUUAGCAUUAUCAAUUUUUAAUUACUUGAAUUUAAUUACCGAGUGAAGAUUGUUUCUAGUAGAUGAGGAUCUGAAUUUAAUAUUUUUCAUCCUUUUUUAGUGUGUAUGCAACAAUUAAUAUGCCUGCCUUAUUUGAGGACGUGAUAAAAUGUACCCAAAAUGACUUAGAACUGUCUGAGAAAAAUGACUUAAAACCAACCACCUCAUGGAUAAAUGUUUUUAUAUUAUGAACCAAUUUCAGCAAGUUUUCGAACUAAUAAUAUCUCAUGCUGUGUUUGUCAUACAAGUACAUUCAUUAGUUCCAUAGUUUUGGUGAUGGUAAAUUAAAGUUAUCUUUUUUCAA